GCCUUUCCUAAACAAGUGAACUUUUGAUCUGCGUAAAGUUAUGCGUCUAACGUUGUUAUAGUUGUGAUCCACAGCAUCACACUCAUGGCUUUUGGCUUUUGAUCCCCAGUCAGUUAAAAAGUGACUUUCCUUAGAUAGUUUAACACAGAGACUCUGACUAUUAACAGCAUGAGUUUGGGGGAGAUCAAUGAGAACGUUAAGCUGGCUAGAGAAUACGCCCUGCUGGGAAACUACAACUCAGCAGUGGUCUGUUAUCAGGGGGUCCUGGAACAGAUUAAAAAGUACCAGUACUCAGUGAGAGACUCCUCUCUACAGCAGAAAUGGCAACAGGUUUGGCAAGAGAUUAAUGAAGAAACGAAGCACGUUCGGGAGAUCAUGACCACACUUGGGAGUUUCCAGCAGCAGGAGUCAACUCCAUCCAAACCAAGCAGUUUCAGCCAGGAGAAUGAUAUUAUGCCUGUCCAUGUGGAACACAGAUCUUCUCCAUGCGUCGUACGGAAAUCGUCUGGACCUUAUAAAGAAGGUAAAAGCCACGGUAACAGGGUGAGCGUCGGGUUCCGUGGUCAGCAGCGGCCGUCGCCGCGCGUUGCCAACGGUGACAAGGGGAAACCUCAGAAAACCAAAGAAAAGAAAGAGAGUGCAUCAAAGCCGAAAGAUGAAAAGAACAAAGCGGAUGGUGUUGACACAGAGGUGAAGAGGUUCGACAGAGGAGGAGAAGAUAAAGAUUUGAUUGAUUCUCUGGAGAGGGAUAUCAUCUCCCAAAACCCCAAUGUCACCUGGGACGAUAUUGCUGAUCUGGAGGAAGCAAAGAAGCUUAUAAAGGAAGCUGUGGUUCUGCCCAUGUGGAUGCCCGAGUUCUUUAAAGGAAUAAGGCGCCCAUGGAAGGGAGUAUUGAUGGUGGGUCCACCAGGCACGGGAAAGACAUUACUGGCCAAAGCUGUUGCCACAGAGUGCCGGACUACUUUUUUUAACGUCUCUUCCUCCACCCUCACCUCCAAAUAUAGAGGAGAAUCUGAAAAACUUGUACGGCUACUCUUUGAAAUGGCCAGAUUUUAUGCCCCCACUACAAUCUUUAUUGAUGAGAUAGACUCCAUAUGUAGCCGUAGAGGAACGUCAGAGGAACAUGAAGCCAGCAGACGAGUCAAAGCUGAACUGCUCGUCCAGAUGGAUGGUGUUGGUGGAAUGUCUGAAAAUGACCCUUCAAAGAUGGUUAUGGUUCUAGCAGCCACCAACUUCCCUUGGGACAUUGACGAAGCUCUGAGACGUCGAUUAGAAAAAAGAAUUUACAUCCCGUUACCGUCAGGUAAAGGAAGGGUGGAGUUACUCAAGAUAAAUCUGAAAGAGCUGGAGCUGGCCAAUGACGUUGACAUGGACAGGAUCGCUGAGCAGAUGGAGGGAUACUCUGGUGCUGACAUCACCAUUUUAUGCAGAGAUGCAUCCCUGAUGGCAAUGAGAAGACGGAUUGAGGGUUUGACCCCUGAGGAGAUCCGAAAUUUUCCAAAGGAUGAGAUGCACAUGCCUACUACAAUGGAUGAUUUCGAGAUGGCGCUGAAGAAAGUCUCCAAAUCUGUAUCUGCUACUGACUUGGAGAAAUAUGAGAAGUGGAUAGCAGAGUUUGGCUCCUGCUGAUGGGGCAUGACACUCAGACUGGAGUUAAGAGAUCUCUGUUGUUCCAGUUUGCAAUCAAUAAUAGCACUUUGUAGGACUGAGGGUCAGUUUCAUUCAUUUCAUAGUGCAUUUCCAUUCUAGACCAAAAGCAAUUCCCAGAUAGGCCGUGCCUUAAAUUAAGUUUGUGCGUAUGAAUAUAUUUAAUAGUGUAGUAUUUCAUAUUUGGUAGGUUAAUGGAAUCUGUAGGUUUGUUUUAUCAUUUACGGGACACUUGCAAGAUGGCUACCUGGAAACCGGUUGAGCUGUCUCAGCUAAAGUGAGGAAAUUAUUAAGAACCAAGGUUGGAGGUUUAGAUGCUUUCCAGGAAAAAGCCUUCUUACCAGAGUCUGAAAAACAGUUUUUGGUGCCCAUAUAAAAAAUCUCCACGGCUUUUAUUAGCAUUGCUAUACAUUGCACAGACAAAAGGGCAUCCUCUUCGGUUGCUGGUACAAUAAUGGUUUAUGAAUGUUCAUUAUACACUAUUGUUGACUUGCUUUGUACAUUUAAAAACCACACUGCAACUAAUGACAUGUAAGUACAUCACCCAAUGCAUCUGACAUAGGCAAAGAGCUAUGCAAGAUGAAUAAGUUUACUGGUGCUUCUGUGCCAUUCUGUGAUUGAUUUCAAGGCCAAAGUUUUCAGCACUGGAUGAAUAAGACCAAGAUUUGAAUAUCUAAUGACAGUACUUGACUUUUAUAAACACUAUGAACCAGUUCUGGUUUUCUCUUAGUGACAUUUCGUGGCUAUGAUUAAUACAUAAAAUUAUAUUUUCCUGAAUAAAUGUUUUAAAAUGUA